GUGAAGUUUUUUGCUGUGGCAGAAGACAUCUAUGCUGCAUGUGUCCUGUACGUAAGGGUCUGUCCAGUUUCUACUGCCUGUUGUGCCUGUAAUGGGCCUGAAGUCCCAAAGAGCACAAGCAUUAUUUAAUUUUUAAUCAGAGUUUUUACCCUCUGGUCUCUGCUACACUCAGCAGCACCAUGUUUUGGAAGUUUGAUCUGCACACAACGUCCCACAUCGACACACUCCUGGAGAAGGAUGACGUGACACUGACAGAGGUGAUGGAUGAGGAGGAUGUCCUGCAGGAAUGCAAGGCUCAGAACCACAAACUUGUUGACUUCCUGGUCAGGCCGCCGUGCAUGGAGGAUCUCGUGGGCUACAUCACCCAAGAGCCCAGCGACGAUGUAGAGGAGAAGAUCAAAUAUAAGUAUCCCAACAUAUCCUGUGAACUCCUGACCUCAGAUGUUGGCCAGAUCAAUGACAGGCUGGGCGAAGAUGAAAGUUUACUGAUGAAACUCUACAGCUUCCUACAGAACGAGACUCCCCUCAACCCACUGUUGGCAAGUUUCUUCAGCAAAGUCCUGAGCAUUCUCAUCGGGAGGAAACCAGAGCAGAUCGUGGAAUUCCUCAGGAAGAGAGAAGACUUUGUAGAUCUGAUAAUCAAACACAUAGGGACCUCGGCCAUUAUGGACCUCCUGCUCAGGAUGCUCACCUGCAUUGAGCCACAGCAGCUUAGACAAGAUGUAUUAAAUUGGUUAAACGAAGAGAAAGUAAUACAGAGGCUGAUAGACAUGGUACACCCCUCUCAGGAUGAGGAAAGACACUCAAAUGCAUCCCAGUCGCUUUGUGAGAUAAUUCGGCUGAGCAAGGAUCAGAUGUUCCAGGUCCAGGGCUGCUCUGAGCCAGAUCCCUUGCUGGGCACACUGGAGAAACAAGAGACUGUAGAGCAAUUGCUAUCUAACAUUUUUGACAAAGAGAAGAAUGAGUCUGCCAUAGUCAGUGUAAUCCAGAUUCUUCUGACCCUCUUUGAGACACGGAGACCAGCAUUUGAAGGCCAUCUGGAGAUUUGUCCUCCUGGUAUGAACCAUCCGUCGUUCUCUGUCAAUCAGAGUAUUCUAGAUGCUGUCAGACCCAGAAUGAAAGAUUUUCACCAGCUUUUGCUCGAGCCCCCAAAGAAAACUGUUUUGAACACUACGUGGGGGUUUUUGGAUCCACCGGUGGGGAACACUCGCCUCAAUGUGGUGCGACUAGUGACCAGCCUUCUGCAGACCAACACGCAUAUCAUCAACCAAGAGCUCAUAGCUCUCAACACUCUAGGAGUCAUACUAGAUAUGUACUUCAAGUACUUGUGGAAUAAUUUUCUACACACACAAGUAGAAAUCUGUACGGCGAUGAUCUUAGCGAUGCCUUCAACCCAAAAUGAAUCUCCUGAAAUUAACAGAGAAAAUGACCAAGAGCCCAUAAGAGAAAAUAUCCUUCUCAAACAUCUCUUUCAGAAGUGCCAGUUAAUACAACGAAUUCUUGAUGCCUGGGGAUCAAAUGAGAAGGAACAGGCAGAGGGUGGGCGACGGCGAGGUUACAUGGGUCACCUGACCAGAAUAGCAAACUCUAUAGUCCACAACAGUGACAAGGGCCCCAAUGGGGCACAAAUUCAGCAGUUAAUCUCCGAGCUUACAGAAGAGGACAGGGAACGAUGGGAAGCCUUCACUUCAGGACCGCUAUCAGAUACAAACAAGAAAAACACUGUAGAUUUAGUUAGCACACACCACAUACACUCAUCCAGUGAUGAUGAGGUAGAUUUCAAAGACAGUGGGUUCCACCAGGACUCCUCUUUACAGCAAGCCUUUUCUGAUUAUCAGAUGCAACAAAUGACGUCCAAUUUUAUUGAGCAGUUUGGCUUCAAUGACGAAGAGUUUGCCGAUCAGGAUGAUGUCGGGGAUAUUCCCUUUGAUAGAAUAUCAGACAUCAAUUUUUCCUUGAAUACAAAUGAAAGUGCAAAUAUGGCACUCUUUGAGGCCUGUUGUAAAGAGAAGAUUCAACAGUUUGAAGAUGCUGGAUCUGAUGAGGAAGAUAUUUGGGAUGAGAAAGAUGUCACGUUUGCCCCGGAAGCUCAGAGACGCCUCAGGAGUUCAGGUAGUACAGACAGCGAAGAGAGCACCGACUCUGAAGAGGAAGAUGGGAAACGAGACCCGUUUGAGUCCACUAAUGCCCCAUCAGAUGACAGAAUGGAAGUGGACACUGGGGACGGUCCAGUGUGGACAGCAAAUUUUGAUGAUGUACCCAUGGACACAGGCAGCUCCACGGACCCCAGCGCACCUGUGUCUGUCUCGCCGGCUGCAGUGCCUAAUCCGGGGGGUUGGAGCUCUCCAAACUCCCAUGCAGAUGCAAAGAGUUGGGCUGAAUUCUCCAGCUUUACACCUGUCAGCCCCAAGGAUCAUUUGAGGAGCAAUUCCCCUGUAGCCAUGGAGACAAGCGUAGAAACAGUGGACCCUCUGGGAGUCAACGCGCCCAUGCAGCAAGAAAACAUAGAUCAGUGGCUUUCCAAUGAGACCACCCCGACUUCCCCCAGAGGGAAGGUUGGGGCCGACUCAGACCCUGAGGAAGAGCCUGUAAGUGACCGCAUCACUGAAACGGUCACCAACGGCUCUAUGAAGGAGACGGUCAGCCUUACUGUAGAUGCCAAAACUGAAACUGCUGUUUUCAAAAGAGUGUUGAAAUCGUAUCGCGAGGAAGAGAAACGACCUACCUCUGAAGAUGCAUCUGCAAAAUGUUUAGUUGCAGAGAGUGGAGAACCGGAGAAGAGUAAUUGUCCUCCAAGCAACUGUCAGAAACCAGAUCUAAAGCACUUAGAAGAGAAGGCAAAAGCAACUUGUGAUGCUCUUAACGGCCCCCUUGAGGAGAUGGCCUCCAUUGAUGAAGCUAAAUCAGAGCAUGGCACGGCAACCCCCGAGGCAGCAGUAAACGGUCCAGCAUGAUGGGAGUAGCACUGUCAGUCAGCUCCUGUCACGUGCACACAACCCCUCCUCCAGGACCACUGGAGAGGCCAGUGCCAGCCUGGAGCCCCCUCAGAACCACCGCCGCUGCUGCUGCUGUCUCUAACUCCAGCACUGCACUGACGCCACCAGAUCAGGACCAGCAAUAUUCAUAUUGGACAGUUGUACAGAAACUUUGAACUGUAUGAAGAGAAACCUACUCUAAUGAUUUUUUUUUUUUUCUUAUUUGUUUAUAUACUGUUCUUAUGAGGUGAUCUCUCUGACAUCUUGCCACUUAAAAGUGAAUAGUAAUGUUGCUAUAGUUAAAAUGAUUGUAUGAAUAAAAAAAUAUUUUAUAAAAAGACAAAUGUAUACAGAAACAGAGGAUUGAUUAACUGAAAUAUACCCAUUGGAACAUGAUAGUGUGACCAAAACAUAAGCUGUCUUUUUGAUAGGAUUUUUCUCUUGCACAAAGAAAUCUGAUAUUUAAUUUCCAAGUAAAAGCAACUGCAACCACAGAAAUCUUAAAUGGGAAACCUAUGUUGGUCUGGUUUUUUUUUUUUUAAUUAAGCUUUUCAUUAGGGGAAACUGAUUUUAAAUAUUCAGACAUUUAUGGUUUAUUUUGUCACAGAUAUUAUAUGUAAAUGUUUCUUUUAUCAACAUGAGCAAGAUUUGGACAAAAAUAACCACUUUUAGGUAUAGUUUUUAACUUAAUUUAUUCUUAAAGAGAAUGGAAUGUUACUAAGAGAUAUACAUCCCACCCCCAUUGACGAAAUUCAAAUCUGCAUCAAACUAAUGGGUCUGCAUUUGCAUGUAGCUAGUUAUUCUUACCUGUGGGCCUGUAUUAAAUAAGGCCUAACUUUUAUACCUGUUUUCUUCUCCACAAACGUCAACCUUUCUACCUGAAGAGUGAUGGGAAUGUAACAUAUUCCUGGUAAUGCUACAAUGAUCAUGCAUCCUUUUGUAAUAAAACGCUAUCUGUGCCAGCAAAUAAUACAUGUUAUUUCUGUGAGAUGAAUCAACCUACAUUUUUGGUUUAAAUGAAAAUUGAUCAUACCAGUGAUUCCAGAGUUUCAGAGACCUGACCGGGGCAAGGCCUAACCUACUCUUCAAUCUAGGUCUGUUAUGUGCUGGCAUCAUCCUAAUUGAUAUACAACUCUGGAAAAAAUUUAAGAGACCACUGUAAAAUUAUCAAUUUCUCUGGAAUUACUGUUUAUAGGUAUGUGUUUGAGAAAAAGGAACAGUUUUGUUUUAUUCUAUAAAGUA